AUGGAGGACCUGGAUGGCUCCCGGUCGGGUCCCGGGUCGCCACAGCAGGCAGCCGCGGCAGCGGCGGCGUCCAACGCGAGCUGGGCGGGGGGAGCAGGACCCGUGGUGUCCGGGCGGACGCGGCUGGUCCUGGAGAUCCUCAUGGUGCUGAUGUGUCUGGGCGCUGUGACAGGUAAUAUUCUUGUCAUUGUUAUUGUGGCUGCAACCAAGACUUUCCACUCUGUGACGUCAGUGCUGAUCAUGAACCUGGCCAUCAGUGACCUCCUGGUGGGCGUCGGAGUCAUGCCUUUUGUUGCUCUGUCCAUCAUGAACCGUGGAUGGGUGGAUUGCACUGACCUCUGCUUGUACGUGGGUUACACCUCCUCUGUGUAUUGCACAGCUUCUGUACUGACACUAGCGGCCAUUGCUCUUGACCGCUACCACUCCAUCAUGGACUGCCUGCGCUACAGCUCCCGCUGCACACUGUGGAGGACCUGUGCUGUGGUCCUGUGGAUCUGGCUGCAGGCUCUGGUCACCAGUUGCCCUCCCCUGCUGGGCUGGAGCUCCGUCAGCUAUGUGGUUCCCAUGUACAGCUGCGCAGUCAACUGGGCCAGCAGUCCCAGCUACACGGCUUUCAUGGCCGCCCUCUCCUACCUCAUACCUGCCGUGGUCAUCCUCUUCUGCUACGUGAACAUCGUCAAGGUGGCGCGAAGCCACGCCAGGAGGAUUCAUACAUUGGAGGACUCUGUCCAGCGAAGCAGGAAUCCAAGCUCUGCCUUUGCUCCUGGUGAUUCGCCUCACCAGCACUGUGGGAGACUCCACAGCACCUCUAGACUGAUCUAUCACAUAAGUGGACAGUUUGUGUCUGAGCUCAGUGGAGAAGAAGGAAACAAUACCAGCCCUGCUCUCCCCAAUUCGGCUACGGAGCAGAGUAACCCUUCAUUUAGACGUUUGUUCCCUUUCCUGGCUCAGAGUACCUCCCAGCCCCCCCUUCAGCCCUCCCAGCAGCACCAGAGCCACCACGGAGUGGUGCGUCUCUUCCUGGUCAUCUCAGCCUUCUUCUUCUGUUGGACACCUUACAUAGGUGUGGCCCUGGUUCAGGCCACAGAAACUGCAAUUUCAGGCCAGUCCAGCCUUGUCCCACCCUUUGCUGUUACCUUUUCCUACUGGCUAGUGUUGCUGAAUUCUGACAUCAAUCCUCUACUGUACGCUCUGCUCAGCAAGCGUUUCCAGGGUGCGCUUCAGGGACUGAGGCAGAAAUUAAGAGCACGCAUGGGGAGUGUGGUGGGCAGGGCAGGGGAAGUCAGGGCUGAGGGAGACGACGGCAAGAUCAGCGACCCCUGCACUCUGAACACCACCCAUCCUGGCCCACCUUCCAGCUCGGAGAGUUCGACCUGUGAGGACUCCAAGUAUUCUCCCUCCAUUUUUGCUGUUAGCACUGACUUCAAACGUCAUCCCGAGGAUCGUCUAUGCAGAGUGUGUCACCCUGAAAACGCCUCCCCGUCCUCUGUGUGGCCAGACGCUGGGGGUGACAGGGGGGCUGACUGCCUGCAGGUUCCCUCUCGGCCACAGGAGGGCAGCAGACUACCUUUCUCUGCUCUGACGAAGGAGCGCCAGGCCACUUUCUUCUAUGGCCAGAUUACAGUCAGGGUAGAGCAUGAUGUUUGUUAAUCCUACUCCCGCAGAUGCUGUUGCAGGAAAAUUACCCGCCAAACCUGCAUCAGACUAGGGCUGCAACUCACAGUUCUUUUUAUUAUCGAUUAAUCUAUUGUUAUAUAUGUUUUGUCAGACCAUCAGUCCAAAAUCCAAAGAUAUUUACCUGAAUUUGAAACCAGCAAAUGCUCAUAUUUGAGAAGCAGGAAUCAGUGAUAUGUUUUGGUAUUUUUGCUUAAGAAAAAUUGCUUAAAUGAUUAAUUA